ACGGACCCGACCUACUGUACAUCCCAACGCUCCGGCAGCGCUUGAGAAACAAGUUCAUUUUGAUUGGCAUCUGAAGUGAAGUGAAGUACGGCUCAGUCCGCUAGAUGUCGCCACAGCUCGCGCUGCUCCUGCCCACUCCUCCCUCAGACGAGAGACACUCCCCCCUUCCUCUUUCGUCCGUCCCUCAUCCUCUCGCGAUAUCUCCCCGAUGUUUCCGGUGUUGUGAAUGUCCCUGGAAACAUGGCGGUCAGCAUCCGCGGCCGUCCGAUCCGAAGUCUUCGGAUGCGAGGUCGGAAUGACAGCGGGGAGGAAAACGUACCGCUCGAUCUCACCAGAGAACCUUCCGACAACUUACGGGAAAUUCUUCAAAAUGUGGCCAAACCACAAGGAGUUACAAACAUGCGCAAGCUGGGCCAUCUGAACAACUUCAUUAAGCUUCUCUGUAAUGUUGGCCACUGUGAGGAGAAGUUCGGUUUCACUUACGAAGAAAUUAUAAUCUGUCUACGGUUAGCAUUAUUAAAUGAAGCGAAAGAGGUGCGAGCUGCAGGGCUGCGAGCUCUCCGCUAUCUCAUCAGAGACAGCAGUAUUCUUCAGAAGGUGCUAAGACUACAGGUGGACUACUUGAUAUCCAGGUGCAUUGAUAUUCAGCAGAGUAAUGAAGUGGAGCGAACACAAGCACUGAGAUUAGUACGAAAGAUGAUCACUGUGAAUGCUUUGCUGUUCCCCAGCUCCAUAACAAACUCAUUGAUAGCAGUAGGAAAUGACGGUUUGCAGGAAAGAGACCGGAUGGUUCGUGCAUGCAUUGCCAUAAUCUGUGAACUAGCUUUGAGGAACCCAGAAGUGGUGGCUUCGAGGGGAGGCCUUAGCACCAUCCUGAAGAACGUGAUCGACUGCCAGUUGAGCCGCAUAAACGAGGCAUUGAUCACGACCAUACUGCAUCUCCUCAAUCACCCCAAGACGCGGCAGUAUGUGCGCUCCGAUGUGGAACUGGAGCAAAUUUUGGCACCCUACACAGAUUUUCACUACAGACACAACCCCGACACAGCUGAAGGGCAGCUCAAGGAAGACAGAGAAGCACGCUUUCUUGCCAGCAAAAUGGCAAUAGUGGCAGCCUUCCGAUCUUGGUCAGGAAUUAUUAACCUGUGCAAAUCGGGCAGUUCUGGAAUCCAGUCACUCAUAGGUUUGCUUUGCAUACCAAAUAUGGAAGUACGGCGCGGCCUGUUGGAGGUCAUGUAUGACAUUUUUCGUCUCCCAGUUCCUGUUGUGACAAACGAAUUUAUUGAAGCUCUUCUCAGUGUGGACCCCAGUCGAUUUCAGGACACCUGGAGGCUGUCAGAUGGUUUUGUGGCAGCUGAGGCAAAAAUCAUACUUCCACAUCGAGCCAGGUCAAGGCCUGACUUGAUGGACAACUACCUGGCCCUGGUACUUUCCGCCUUCAUUAGCAGCGGACUCUUAGAGGGCUUAGUUGAAGUAAUCACGAGCAGCGAUGACCACGUGUCCGUGCGUGCGACCAUCCUCCUGGGAGAACUUUUGCACAUGGCCAAUACAAUCCUUCCACAUUCACACAGCCAUCAUUUGCACUGCCUGCCCACCCUGAUGAACAUGGCAGCCUCAUUCGAUAUUUCACAGGAGAAAAGGAUGCGAGCCAGUGCAGCAGUGAAUUGCCUAAAACGCUUCCAUGAAAAGAAGAAGAGGGGUCCCAAGCCUCACAGCCUGUAUCUGGACCACAUCAUCAGGAAGUCAGCGGCAGCACACUACAGAAGAGACCAGCACCUGCGAGUACAGAAAGACAUCUUCAUUCUCAAGGACACUGAAGAAGCUCUUAUGAUGAACCUCAGAGAUAGUCAAAUCCUCAACCACAAACAGAAUUUGGACUGGAACUGGGUUCUCAUUGGAACAAUUUUAAAGGUGAGGGCAGGCCUUCCUGCCUUCGGCUUGAAAAAAUAUUUUAAUUUAAAUGUCCAGUUUAAUCAACAAAUGCAGAAAUGGUUGUUUGUCCGGAGGCUGCUGUAUUUUUACAAGCCCAGCAGUAAGCUUUACGCCAGUCUGGAGUUGGAUCACAGCAAAGCCAAACAGCUGACAGUGGUUGGCUGCCAGUUUAUCGAGUUCCUGCUCGAGUCGGAUGAGGAUGGCCAGCCGUACCUGGAGGACCUAGUUAAGGACAUCGUCCAGUGGCUCACCUCCUCCUCGGGAAUGAAACCUGACCGCAGCCUCCAGAACAAUGGUCUUCUCAACACCCUCAGCCAGCACUACUUCCUUUUCCUGGGGUCGCUGUCCUCUCACCCCUAUGGAGUCAAAAUGCUUGAGAAAUGCAGUGUCUUCCAGUGUCUACUAAAUCUUUGUUCACUGAAGAACCAGGACCACUUAUUAAAACUGACCGUUUCCACGUUGGACUACAGUCGUGAUGGUCUGGCCAGGGUCAUUCUGUCCAAAAUCUUAACUGCAGCUACAGAUAGCUGCAGGCUGUAUGCAACCAAGCACCUACGAGUUCUCCUGAGGGCCAACAUCGAAUUCUUCAGCAACUGGGGAAUCGAGCUGCUGGUGACUCAGCUGCAUGAUAAGAACAAGACCAUCUCCAUGGAGGCUCUCGACAUCCUGGAUGAGGCCUGUGAGGACAAGGCCAAUCUUCAUGCACUAAUUCAGAUGAAGCCAGCACUGUCCCAUUUAGGAGAUAAAGGACUGUUGCUUCUUCUACGGUUUCUUUCCAUUCCAAAGGGCUUUUCCUACCUAAAUGAAAGGGGAUAUGUUACCAAACAGCUGGAGAAAUGGCAGAAGGAGUACAAUUUGAAAUAUGUAGAUCUGAUUGAAGAGCAGCUGAACGAAGCACUCACUACAUACCGCAAACCAGUUGAUGGAGACAACUACGUAAGACGGAGCAACCAAAGGUUACAGAGGCCAAAUGUCUACCUUCCUGUACACUUGUAUGGUCAGCUGGUCCAUGACAAAACAGGCUGCCAUCUGCUUGAGGCUCAGAGUAUCGUGCCAGACCUGAGUUACACUGUGCGAUCUCCCAUGCUGGACAAAUGGGAAGGCGUGAAGCAUCUCAAAGCAGCGCUUUGGGCCUUGGGUAACAUUGGCACUUCAAACUGGGGUCUAAAUCUCCUUCAGGAGGAGAACGUCGUGCCAGACAUUAUAGCCCUGGCACAGAACUGUGAAGUUCUCUCCAUCCGAGGAACCUGCCUGUAUGUCCUAGGCCUGAUGGCCAAGACCAAGCAGGGCUGUGACAUCCUGAAGCAGCACAGGUGGGACGCGGUGCGGCACAGCCGCAGGCAGCUGUGGCCAGUGGUUCCCGACGACGUGGAGACGCUCUGCAGUGAGCUGCCCUCUGUGCCCAGCACGCUCAGCCUCAACUCGGAGUCCACCAGCUCUCGGCACAACAGCGAGAGCGAGUCCACACAGCCCAGUAUGUACAUUCUGGAUGAUGACCGCUGUGACGGGACCGGCGAGGACGAGGACCAGCCUCUCUUCAUGCGCCCCAAAACGCUGAAGGACCGCAGCCGCUUGACCAUCCUGGCCUCCAGCCGCUUCGUCAGGAACCGCUUCAUCAACUCUCUCACCCUGCCCAGCAAGAAGCUGCGCAGCAGCAGCGACCCCAAGGGAGGGAAGACACCCACAGAGCCCAAGCCGGGCCUAAGGCGCAACCGCACUGUCACCGAGCCCUCCAGCUACUCGCAGGGCGACGUGUUCACACCCGUGUUCAACGGGAACCGGUUCUCUAAAAGCCCCACGGUGAGCCUGGAGACGUCCUUUGUGGGAAGCAAGGCCUCGGAGGACCAGGGCAGCACGCCCAGCAUUGGGGAGCCGGAGCUGAAGCUGCCCCGGGUACUAGGAGGGGGCGGCGAGAACCACCGGGAACACGCCAGCCGGGAAAGGUUGGUGGGGGACGGCACAGCCGGAGCGCAGUUCAAGAGCCGCAGCCAGAGCUUCAACACGGACACCACCACUAGCGGCAUCAGCUCCAUGAGCUCCAGCCCCUCCCGGGAGACAGUGAGCGGGGUGGAGAGCGGCACCAUUGACACUGACUGUGUGAGCCUCAACACGGUGGUGAGCACCAAGACUGUCAAAACUCUCCACUCCCUCACGCCGCAAGCCAACCACCUGCCCCUCUCCAAGUCCAACUCCGUCUCCCUGGUGCCCCCCGGCUCCUCGCACACCCUCCCGCGCCGGGCCCAGUCACUCAAGGCGACCUCGGUCACCACCAUCAAGAGCCUUGCUGACUACAAUUUCAUGUACACCAGCCCCAGGGAUGCCUUUGGCUACGCCACCCUCAAGCGGCUCCAGCAGCAGAGGAUCCACCCCUCUCUUUCCCACUCCGAGGCGCUGGCGUCUCCGGCCAAGGACGUGCUCUUCACUGACACCAUCACCAUGAAGACCCGUAGCCUGGACUCCAGACUCACCCCCCGACGGUUCUCACUAAAGAGAUUUGGCUGUUCUUCUCAAGGCACAGCCACGAACCAGCGCCGACAAUCAAGAAAUCUCCUGCCAUGGUUCCUGAAGGCCCUCAGCUUUGCCUCUCUGGAUAAGGAAGACCUGUUGAGCCCCAUCAACCAGAACACUCUGCAGCGCUCCUCCUCAGUGCGCUCCAUGGUGUCUAGUGCCACCUACGGCUGUUCGGAUGACUACAUCGGCCUGGCCCUUCCCAUGGACAUCAACGAAAUGUUCCAGAUUAAAGAAACUCCGUACUUCCAACAGAAGACCAGUCCUCCACCUGCUGAUGAACACUUGGCAAAGUUCGUCUUCAGUGAAUCCGAUGGGCCUGGGGAGUCCGGUCGAAAUCCCCUGCAGGCGCUUAGGCAGCAGAUCAGUAUUACAGAGCUGAUGAACACAAGCCGCUCUGACCAGGCGCAGCUCCUGAGCAACUCUGAGGACACAGGGCUGCAGGAGCACACGGACAACAACUGCCUUUACUGCGUGGGUGUCCAGGUCCUGGGCUGUCAGGCACACAACCAGAUCAACUCCACUUUAAACCGCACAGAAUUCAAUGACAUUCCGUAUUCAGACUGGUGUGGGCAGACGAUCCACAAUCACCUGGAGGUGACGCCACAGUCCAAGUUCUCGGGAGUGUCGGGAUGCAGCGACGCAGUCUCUCAGGGCUCAGCCAGUAGCACUCGGAGCACGGAGCUGGUCCUGGGUGGGAAGGCCAUAUCAGAGGACACACCUGCUUGUCGAGUUCUCCUACGCAAAGAGGUUCUGCGCCUGGUCAUUAACCUCAGCAGCUCAGUGGGAACAAAAGGACACGAAACCGGCCUGCUCACAAUCAAGGAGAAGUUUCCCUAUGCUUUUGAUGACAUCUGCCUGUACUCAGAGGUGUCGCACCUGCUGGCUCACUGCAUGUUUCGUCUGCCUUCCCGGCGCUUCAUACAGGAGCUCUUUCAGGAUGUCCAGUUCACCCCGAUGUACGAGGAAGCUGAGGCCAUCCUAGCCACACCACCAAAGCAAGUCUCUGCGGAUCUACAACCCGAAUCCUGAUCCCUGAUCCCUGCUCCUCCUGGCAUCCACUUGGAACAGCUGCCCCUGCCCACCUCUCCCAUCCCAACCCCCACCCGAAACCUUGGGAAUCUCCACAACAUGGGGACAAGAGUGGGGAGAUAAGGACACUGCCAACAAAGGGGGAGAAGAGGAGAGACAGCCGGUCUACUCUGUGUGAACAAAACAGUUAUUCCCAACAGGCAUCUGUGGGACUGUUGAUCAUCGACACAGUGAUAUUACCAAAUGUUGAUACUGAUCAUCACUUGUGAACUGAGCACUGAACACAUCUGGUGAAUUCUUACAGAAGUAACUGAAAUUGCUAGGGGUUUGGAAAAGAUACGCUAUGAUGUUUUGAUUUUAUUUAAGAGUGCACUCUGUUGUUAGUAUGAAAUGACCAAGGCAUGUUUCUUUUUUUUCGUCCUACGGUUUAUUUCCUUGAUUUAGAAACACUACUUGGGGUUAUGUUUUUUGUAGCCUCUGUCCUAAGACGUUUGAAAUAGCCAUGAUCUGGGAAACUAAAGAAGCUGUAUCGGUGCCAAGGAAGAAAAAACACAUUUUUGUCUAUUUGUCACUUCCAAACUUGCUAUCACAUUACCUUUGGAUAAAAUCUUCAGAUUUUACCCAAAAGGGUUUUUUGGAUCCUUUUAAAAUCCUUCAGACACUCAUGCAUCAAUUAAUGCCAAUUUCCAUAAACUUCCCUUUGUCUGAAGCAUGGCAUUGUUUCAUGUUGUUGAAAAUGUUUCUUAGAUGGCCAGAAAAUAAUUGCUUCAUGCUGAAUUGUUUCAUUUUUUUCUGAGAACCUAUUGUAAUUUUCCAUCUCGGAACAUUUGGUGUUGUUUUCUGGAUGCGUAAAGGGCUGUAGCAAAAAGAAAAGGAAAUGUACCAAAUUCUGACAGCAUUUUUGAGCAUUUGUAGCCUUUCGCAGUUGGGUUUUGAGUUACUGAAAUUGUUUUUAAAGAAUGCAGUUUUGCUCUAAAACACAAAAUGUGUUAAAAUAGAGGAACUCAUAGGUCUUCAAAUAAGAUGAGCUGAAACAUUUGAUGUAUUUAAGUGCCAUAUUGUAUUAAGUGUUCUCUGGACAUGGACCAUUAGUCCAAAAACAAGAAAGUUUAGAUUUAAAGCAGAUGUUUCCAGCCAUGCCCUUUACAAAGUCAUGAAGAAAUUGUUGUGAUAAGAAUUUCAAUUGAGCAUUGUUUUUUUGUAUUCACACGCAAGCUGAAAUGAUUUAUAUUUAGAAGUCUGUGUGGAUAAGCAGGUGGUACUCAUGUUAGGAACAGAAGUAGCUUUUUCAUGCAAGCAUUAUUUAGAACUCUGCAUCACCUUGACAUAAACUCCGACAGUUAACGAGACGAAAACGGUUAUUGUUAUAAGAAUUGCGGAAGAGUUGGGACUCUUCUCUGUUGGAAUGGCUUUCUUAAAAGCAGAAAACUUCCCCCUGGGGAUUCAGAGUUUGAAACUGUAAAUUAAUGGCUAUGCAAUGUACCCCUUACCUGUACCCACACAGGAAUUUAGCUUUUACAGAACUGGGGUUUUCCACAUGAAUUUUCUUGGCUGGACCACAUUAUUUUCAUUAUUAAGGCAGCUUUAAUUAUUUUGUCUUUUUUAAAGUUUAAUCCAAAACAACAAAGAAUGAUGGAUUAGACAUUUAAUUUAUUUAGUAUCUAAUUAAUUUACCGGUACUUCUUGUUCUUUUUAGCAUCUACACAUUUGUCUGCACAAAACCCUAACCUUGUGGGCUACCUGUCGCGAUGUCCACAGUACAAAUCGCAAUCCACAGUACAAAUCAUGCACGGUGAAACAUUCGGAAGGUUACUCUAAAGGAAUGCUUGCCCUGGGAAAAAGGCACCAAAAUUUAAUUUUCCUUCUCUGUUCGUCAGUAUAUGGUUCACACUAGCAGUUGGGGAUUGCAGAGUGCCCAGCAAGGAAGCAAAGCAGAAUGAUUCAAUCCUUGAACAGGUCUGGAGCAAAACCUGCCAUCUGUCAUGGUACGUUUAGGUUUGCUUUCUGCUGUUGCCGUAAGAGUGUAGUCUGGACUCUUGUGAGGUAUAAGAUUACGUGGUGUCUCUGAAAGCCAAGCCUGUCAUUUUAUCUUACUUUUCGAUAGUUACAGAUCAGGUGAACUUGGUAAAGAUGGCACGAAUCACCAACAGCAAACCAGCUGUGCCAAAGCAAAGAGAGUCAGCCACUGUCUCAGCAUCCUCAGGUGCUGCCAAUAAUAGGAAAUGCAACACGUGGCAUCAAUCUUUCAUCUAAUAUGCUAAUAGAGUGACAUUGCAAAGACAGUGUGGCUUAGCAUUCCUAAAGACACCUUUCAGACUGUUAAUAGGUUAGCUCAAUGCAUCACAUUAAGUGUUGAGUGUGAGAAAAGGUCAGUUUCUGUACGACAUAAAAGUGGAAAGCAUCAUCACCACCAUUUUCUGAUGUAGAGCACAAUGGCAGAGCAAAGAAGGUUGAAAGAGUGCAAAAUGAAUCUGUCCAGUGUUUUCCAAGCUGCAUAACGGAAAGUUUAAUGUAAGCCGUGCUAGCUCUGCAGAGCUAAAUGUAUAUGAACAUGUAUUUUAUAAUGUUUCAUUAUAAUGUUAAUGAAGAGAAAGUAAUGCCUGAUGGUGGAGAAAUACAAAAUCUCAUCAGAGCCAAGAGCUUCUUUGAACCAGAGGUUACCAGAAAUUUGACAAGCCGCUGAAAUCCCAAAAACUGAAAAACGAUGUGCAAGACAAUGUCAUGGUUAACUGUUGUAGGUUGUCCUCCUCCACUAGAACUGGAAAACCUGUGCAUUGAUUUCUUUAACAAGAUAUUUUCCCAAGUUGUCUCUGCACGUUAUACACUUUGUUUUAUAGUCAUACCAUUUUGUAAUUUGCAUGCACAAAUUGCACGACCAGCCUAAUUCACAUUCUUACUACACUAUUUUUUACUUAAGUAACCUGAAAUGUGCCCACAAAAGAAUAAUAUCAAUUUAAAACCAUUGGUGGGGAUAAAAAUUGGAUUUUUACUAUUAAAGCAAAGGUUUUAUUGAAUGGUAAAAAAAUUGCAAUCCAUAAUGUAGCUUUUGGGUGGGGUUGGGAUGUUAAUUAUUUAACUGUUUAAUAUUUUCAAGCAAAUUAAGGCACAAUAGCCAAAUCCCUUUUUUAUCUUUGUUCUAGUAAUAAGCUGCUACUUAUUUGGAUUUCUAGUAUUUGUAGGUCACUGAAAGGAUGUCAAAACCUGAUUUAUAUUGUAUACCUGUAUAAUAGAAGAGAAGAAAGGAAAACAAAAGCAGAAUUAUUUAUAUUUUUUCCUUAAGAAAAAUAUUUCAUGAAGCUGUGUAUAAUUUAAAGAGGUUUCGCCCAACAUGUUGUUCCUUUGUAUAGUGUGUACAGUAUAUGUCUUUGGGCAUUACAAACCUCAUGAAGCAUACAAUCUUAUCAAAGGGAUACAUUGUUAAUAAAAAUAUACAGGAACUAU